AUGGAAGGUGGAAGAUCAGUUUCAAAUGGCAAUGGAAAUGGUGAGGUUCGGUAUAGAGGGAUUAGAAGGAGGCCAUGGGGUAAGUUUGCGGCAGAGAUUCGUGACCCUACAAGGAAAGGGACUCGUAUAUGGCUUGGAACUUUUGAUACUGCUGAGCAAGCUGCAAGGGCUUAUGAUGCUGCUGCUUUUCAUUUUCGUGGUCACAGAGCCAUUCUCAAUUUCCCAAAUGAGCAUCAAGCUCCUAAUCCUAACUCUUCCUUACCUAUGCCUCUCACUAUGUCUCCUCCUCCUCCUCCUUCUUCUUCUUCUUCUUCCUACUCUGGUCAGGGACUUGUCAUUCCUGGAGCAAUGCAAGGUUGUGAUGAUACUGUUGAGUUGGAAUACUUGGAUAAUAAGUUGCUUGAAGAACUCCUUCAAGUGCAAGAUAAUAGACAUCUUUUUAAGUGA